AAAGUCCAUCUCCUGAGGUCAGAGGUUGCUGGACAUCGAGCCAUAUUUAACCCCCUCAACCCCACCCCAAACGAAACACCCACCUCGUGUGUCUGUUUGCAGCGAACGAAUUGAUCUCUGCAAAAAUAUAAUCUAAGAGAAAGACAAUGGGGAAUUUGCUUGGCUGUGUACAAGUGGACCAAUCCACUGUGGCUAUAAAGGAGAGAUUUGGCAAGUUUAAUGAUGUGCUUGAGCCUGGAUGUCAUUUCUUGCCAUGGUGUAUAGGCAGCCAGAUUGCUGGAUACCUUACUUUAAGGUUGCAGCAGCUUGAUGUGCGAUGCGAGACAAAGUCAAAGGAUAAUGUAUUUGUAACUGUUGUUGCUUCAAUUCAAUAUCGUGCUCUGGCUGAUAAAGCUACUGAUGCUUUUUACAAGCUUAGUAAUACUCGAUCCCAGAUUCAAGCCUAUGUGUUUGAUGUUAUCAGAGCUAGUGUUCCAAAGCUAAAUCUGGAUGAUGUCUUUGAGCAGAAGAAUCAAAUUGCUAAGGCAGUGGAGGAUGAACUUGAAAAGGCAAUGUCUGCUUAUGGAUAUGAGAUUGUUCAGACACUCAUAGUUGAUAUAGAGCCAGAUGAACAUGUCAAGCGAGCUAUGAAUGAAAUCAAUGCAGCUGCAAGAAUGAGAGUAGCUGCCAAUGAGAAAGCAGAAGCUGAAAAAAUUGUCCAGAUUAAACGAGCUGAGGGUGAUGCUGAGGCUAAGUACCUGGCGGGGCUUGGGGUUGCUAGACAACGCCAGGCCAUUGUGGAUGGUUUAAGGGACAGUGUUCUCGGCUUCUCAAGUAAUGUCCCAGGAACGAGUGCCAAGGACGUCUUGGACAUGGUCCUCAUCACUCAAUAUUUUGACACCAUGAAGGAAAUUGGUGCCACGUCUAAAUCCUCAGCAGUCUUUAUCCCACAUGGACCUGGAGCUGUUAGUGACAUUGCAGGGCAGAUUCGACAUGGAUUGCUCCAAGGUUCAACUGUCCAGCAACAAAAUCUUGUAUAAAUGCGUUUCACCAUGUCUCGUGUGCUUGUGUUUUGUAUGUAAUGUUUCUUCUUGAUGUGAUCGUGAUGGCCAUUAUUGUUCAUUAUACAUGUGUAAUUAGAUGCAGUUUUAAAGUCUCAGUGUUCGUCUGUCUAAAAGUCAGGUUUUAAUGAUUCGUUCACAUAUUACUACGUACCAGAGAGCUUAGGCUGUGGAAGAGAGCAGAUCUAUGAUGCCAAAGAAUUGUAAACUAAAGGUUGAAUUAGUGAUCUUUUACUUGACAUA